GAGACCACUGACAACAACAGCGUCACUCUUAUCCAUAGUAGAGGAGAGAAGAAGAAGUAGAUCUGUUUUCUAAGCCGUUUCACGGACGUGUGUGUGACCGUUUUUGGAUCGUCACUUUCGUCUACUUACUGUCCGUCGUCCUCCUCUCGUGUGUGGGCGGUUCUCUCCUUUUCAAGAUUUCUUCUCGAUUUUUGAGGUUCAUCAAGGUUCCACCAUGGCCUCUGCUGGUGUCCUGAUUGGCUGCUUGCUGCUCUUCUGCCCCCUGUUGCUGAUUGGCUCCAAUGGUCAAGCUGUCACUCUACGUGCUGCUGGUACAGGACAAUCAACAACAUACCUAGUGACUUUUGGUGAUGGACAACCUACAGUCAAUGUUCCAGACUACUUACCUCUAUGCUUGGUGUCCGAUGGAUCAGGACCAUUCAUUCGACUAGAGAAGACUGAUGGUAGUCUAGUGUUGUUUGAGUCAGCCAUCUCAGGAAUUACUGUUGUACAGUUGAACAGCGCAGCACGUCCUAUGCUGAACACUUCAUACACUGGACUGUAUCAUUGUAGAACAGCUACACACAACUCUUCAGACACAUAUCAGCUCAACAUUGUAGCCCGGCAGAAUCGUAUCACUGUCACUCCUACAACAAUGGUUUUCAACUACACUGAUCAGAGAUAUGAUAUACCAUGUAACACUGUGGGUUCAUCAGGUAUGAACGUCACUUGGACAUCCACUUUAGAUCUUAAAACAAAGAUGGUGAACACAGUGAAUGGAACAUCUCAAAAUGGACUGUUGGAAUACGUGAACUCUACUUUCAGUUUCAUGGGAAAUGAUUCCAGUAUAAUGCUUACCAGAGAUAACCCAGCUGGUGUGAGGUUCAAUGUGACAUGCACUACAGCAUACAGGACCAGUUAUAUUUGUAGAUUUGUAGAUACUUCUGGAAGUGCAAGGCAGCCACCCCAGGAUGCACUGGACCGAUGUGAUGGAGCAGUCGAGUCUUUGUCGACAACGUACUCCAUCAUCAUUCAAGCUCCUUGUAAGGACAUCUCACCAACCAGUUCCAACAACUACGACACAAUUUCGAAUUUCAGCACUACGCCAGGAACUACUGUUGCUGUGCAAUGUAAGGAUGGCUUCGUCUCUAGCAGUAGCAUGGAUGUCACAUCACUGACAUGUAUGGCAUCAGGUCAUUGGUCACCGAGUCCACCUACUUGUGAUGCUUGCUCCACCAUCUGCAGGAAUACCAACGUGACGUCUUGUGCCCAUAUCAAGCUGGCCAACAUACCCGGGGCUAUCGACUGCCCAUGCACCGGUACUGAUACAGUUUGGACAACAUCUGCUGGUGGCUGCGUGCCCACACACUGCCCAGCUGUAGGCAACACAACCACAACCAAUGCCAUUCCCAGGUUGGCAGUGGGUACGUCAAGAUAUGUUGCAUGCAAUAAUGGCUACUCACCUGGUAAAACAGUGCACAAUACCAGCUGUGUGUCGAACGGGACGCUUACACACCAACCAGAUUGCAAAGAUAUCGAUGAGUGUAACACCAUGUGUAAUGGUUCAUCAUCACAAUGCAACAACACUUUGGGAAGCUUUUUAUGCACCUGUGAUCCUGGAUUUACUGGUGAUGGAUUUAAUUGCACAGACGCAUCUACGCUUGAAGAAAGCAAUUUAGCCCCAGCUUUGAACGAAUCCGCAACAAGCACGUUAGCCCCAACUUUGAACCAAUCCGCAACAAGCACGUUGAACCAAUCCGCAACAAGCAUGUUAGCCCCAGAUUUGAACCAAUCCGCAACAAGCACGUUGAACCAAUCCACAACAAGCACGUUAGCCCCAGCUUUGAACCAAUCCGCAACAAGCAUUGUAGCCCUAUUAUCAGAUGGUGGUGCAGACCCAACGUCAUCUGUGCCUGAUAUUGGGGAAACCCCCGUCCAAUCCGACUCAGUUAUGAGUACUGGGAGCACGACAACUUUCAACAGCACAUUGGAUAUUCCUAAUGGAAAGUCAAGCUUAACCGGUGGUCAAGUGGCAGGCCUAGUCAUAGGCACCUUGCUGCUGGUCGCAUUGAUUGGAGGCAUUGUGUUCACUCUGGUAAAGAAACAGUCUCCUGGAUCUGGGAAACAUAUUUCUAUGACAGAGAUGAAUGCUUAAUGACUCCAACUGGAGUGCCGGAACAGUGGGAAGACUUUCUACAAGCCUUAGCAAGUGGAAAAAGCUGACGACCAGUUCCGGCCAUUGUUAGCAUUCCUGUAGUGUUACACCACGCAUACACAUGCAUGCAUAUGUCAACACACCUAUACACAAUUAUUAUGCAUGACUGUAAGAGGUAAUAAUCAGUACGCAUUUCACACGAUGUAACCUGAUGCCUUGAUUUCAUUUCGUGUUGGUACUUCUCUGUACUUUGAUGCUACUUGCAUGAAGCUAAUCUUGGCCUAAGGAUAUGUUGGUAGGAAAUAUUGAUAAGGAAACUUAGCAUUGAUUGAAUUGAAGCAUGCACGAUUUCAGGUUUGUCUAUUAUGACGGUUUACCUCUCCUGGUGGUCCAUCAGGUUUGUUGCCUUUGAUUUAUUGUCAAUGUCGCUGCAUUCAGCUUCAACAAAGUUGAUGGUUUAUUACUAUUCGAGUCAGCAUUCGUACAACACAUAGUGCCUAUAGUAGAUGCAUUUCCAUUGAUAUCUGUGAAGGAGUAUUUUCGUCGUGCAUUAUUGCAUUUUGCCUCCAAGUCUGUUAAUCAGUAAUCGCAAACCUGUACUUUCGUUGAUUAAUGUCGCUGCACUCAGCUAGAACGCAGUUGGUUGUCCAUUGAUCGGAGAGAGCAUUCUUACAGCACAUAGUGCCUAUCGUAGAUGUAAUUCCCCUGAAAUCUGUGAAGAAGUAUAUGCUCUGUGCACUGUUACAUUUUGCCUCCGAGUACGUUAGUUUGUCAUUAGGAGUCUAUACUUUUGUUGAUACAAUAAUAUCGUUGCACUCAGCAAGAAUAAUUGAUUUUCAUCCAUAUUGGAGUGAGCAUUCUUACAACACGUGGUGCCUAUCGUAGAUUCAAUUCCACUGGUAUCUGUGAAUAAGUAUAAUUCUCAAUGCACUAUUACAUUUCGCCUCCAAGUCUGUUGCUAGUAGUUUGCUAUAAAAAAAAUCGGGUACUAGU